AUGUCUACCCUGAAAGAUACUAUUUCUGUUCCUCAAACAGUGCCCUCAAGUGGUGCCAACACGUGCACAGCUUCACGUCCUAGUAUUAAUCAACAAAAGUCUACUCUUGACUCGCAGCCGUAUGCGGCAUUACUUGCCAGUGGACCUGUUUUACCUGGCACUUCUCUUAGGCUUGUGGAUUUUGUGAACGACUUAGACAACUACGUUCCAACAAUUCCAGAUGCUGUGGCAAUCCAUUAUAUGAAGAAAUGUGGGGUUGAUUGUGCGGAUUCACGUGUUAUACGACUGUUCUCCCUCGCGUCACAAAAAUUUAUCUCGGAUAUCGUUUUAGAUGCUAUGCAGCAGGCACGAAUGAAAGGAUUAGGACAAACAAAGAAGGGUACGAAAGAAACGCGAUAUACGUUAACGUUAGAGCUGUUAGAACCAGUACUUGCCGAAUAUGGUAUUGAACUGAAAAAGCCUCCUUAUUUUCAGUGA